AUGUCUUCAAAUAAUAAUGAGCAACCAAAAUGUCCCGUCGAUGAAAAGACAAGGGAAUUAUGGUUACAACAACAUCAGCAGCAACAGCCGCAGAAAAAUACUCUAGCGAAGGUUUCAACGACUUUAGAAUGCUCACCUGAUAAUUUGAAACAAGAUCUUCAAAACCCACCUGUUGUUGGUUCUACAUCGACUACUCCAUCUUCAUCAACAAUAACAGAUGAAAGGACUGUAUCUUCAAUACCAAGAACUGGAACAGACUCAAACUGGAUUUAUCCAUCAGAAAAACAAUUCUUUGAAGCAAUGAAAAGGAAAAAUUGGAACCCUAAUGAAACAGAUAUGAAAACAGUGGUACCAUUACAUAAUUCAAUAAAUGAAAGAGUUUGGAAUUAUAUAAAUCAAUGGGAACACUCCACUCCAUGUAAUGAUAUUAAAUUGACUAAUUUUAAAGGAGAUUCGAAAAAAUUGACUCCCAGAGCAUGGUUUAGAUCAACUAUAUUACAUUAUUCAAAACCUUUUGAUCGUCAUGAUUGGCAAAUUGAUCGUUGUGGUAAGAAAAUUGAUUACGUUAUUGAUUUUUAUUGUGAUGAAAUUGAAACAAGGGACAAAAAAAUGAAAAGAUACCUUAUAUUUAUUUGGAUGUACGACCUAAAUUAA